AAAUUAACUCGCUGUACGGUAAAAUACCGUAUGGUGUAGGUUUUUAAACAUACCCGGAUAUGAUAACCUACGCAUGCGCACACAGUUCUCUCCAUUUCACGUGGGCGCAUGGAUAGUCACUUUCUUUCUUGGCGUCUUAGAAGACACACAUUUUUUUUUGUUUGUUUAUGACUCGCUGUGUUAAUAUGACUGAAAUACAAGUUCAGUCUCAGAGAGAUGUUUCAUCGGAAGUUGAUGAAGAGGAGAAUUUGUCAGUUCAUAGUCACGACGGUGAAAAUUCGUCACGGAAUACAACCAAAACUACGAGUACGAAAAAACGUCGGUCGAAAGUCGACAUUUUGGAAGAACGUUUUGAAUCUAGAUUUUCUAGUAUGGAGAAUAAAAUGGACAGUAUUUUAGCUUCUUUGUCACAAAGACAAGAACCUAUGAGUUCGGGGAAUGGUAAAAGCCCCAUAGAGGACUCGCCACCCACACCUGCACAACACCAGGGGAAUGGUAAAAGCCCCAAUUUUGAAAUGGAUGACGAAGAUACAGUUUCUUUACAUCCGUCUGGUAAUGAAAAUUUUGACAAAUAUGACAGUGAAAAUUGCAGUGACGAUGAAAAUUUAAAUCCAGUUACCAAAAAAUGUUUGUUAGAAAUUUUUGGUGAAGAUGCUUGCAUAAAAAAAUCUGAAACAAAAUCAGGAAUUAACAUUGAGACAUCACAAAGAGAAGUGUUAGAACAGAGUUAUCGUUCUUCUUCACCUAACAACGUGACAGCUUAUGCUGAAGAAAAUAAGGAUCUUUUUCCGGUAGAUGAACAGACGGAAAAAUUUUUACAGGUACCAACGUUAGACGAUUUAAUAGAAUCUUGUUUGGUACGCAAGUAUGGUGCUAAGGCAAAUUUUAACAAACACGGGAAAUAUUUAUUUUCACAACCAUGCAAAAUGGUAGAGAAAACAGCCUACAGGGGCCAACAGGCAGCCUAUAUGGGAAUAGUAAUGCAAUUAUAUAUUCAACAAGGUCUUGGUGCAUUAAUUAACAUGUUACCAGAGGACACUAACAUUGUGCAGAAAGUUAAAGACAUUUUUGCAAUGUGCACUCGCAGUUUAGAUCAGUUAGGACGUACUGGGGCGUUUUUCCAUAUCAUACGCAGACAAGUAGCUAUGAGUGAUACGUCUUUAUUUGAACUAGAUGAUGCCCGUACUAUGAGUAACUUACCUUUAACAAGUGAUGGUGUUUUUGGGGCAGACUUAGAAAAGACUCUUAAACAAAAGAAAGAGAAAAGAAAGACAUUAGAUGAUUUAUUACCCGAAAAGUUUAACAGGAAGGAACCGUUGAAACGCAAAUCUAGUGACAAUUCUGGACAAUUGGUAGUAAAAAAGCCAUAUACAGCCAGUUAUACAUCUUCAGCACAAUCAACUAGCUAUGGCAAAAAUCAGUCAACUUUUCGCAUUCCCAAGUUGUCACAAACACAGUCAACUUUCAGAAACAAGUCAAAAUACGACAAAUCUGACAGUAGGACAGAUAACAGAACCAAAUCGUUUCAGUCCAGUACUGGCAACAAAACCAGGACCAGUGGAAUUAGGUCUACAAAACAAUGACAAGGUAUGCUGAAACAACACCCGUUUGAACCGAUGGAGAAAGCAAGUUUGAAAUAUGUAACAUAUAAGACAAUUUUUCUGGUGGCCAUUACAAGUUUCCGCAGAUGUGGAGAUCUUCAAUCACUGAAACUUGGUGAAAAUUCAGUCAAUGUACAGAAAAAAGGUGUAACUUUCAUAAGACAUGGUUUAUCCAAACAGGACAGGUUUUCACAUCAAGGUAGCACAAUAUUCAUUCCAGCAUACACAGCAAGUAAGUUGUUAGAUCCAAAACGUGCUCUGACAAUAUAUCUUAGGAGAACAGAAGAUUUCAGAUCUUCUGGUGAAAAUGAAAAAUUGUCUCUGUUUUUGACAGUUAACAAACCGCACAACAGUGCAUCAUCUCAAACUAUUUCUUCAUGGAUUGUGAAAACUAUUCAAAAAGCAUACAAGAUGAACAAUAAAGAUGUUCCAAAAGUCAAGGGUCAUUCAACUAGGUCUAUUGGUCCUUCCUGGGCCCUCUUCAGAGGAGCACAAUUGAAAGAUGUAAUGGACAGUGCAGAUUGGAGUCAUGCUUCUACUUUUGUAAAAUUUUAUUUAAAAAAUCUCAGUGCGAAUUUUCUGGGAGAUUAAACUUUCUUUCCUGGCGAGUUAAUUUUGGGAUAUUGAAGAGUCACAGUGUAUAUAAUUUGGUGUUAUGCAAUAAUCAGGAGGAAAGCAUGUUGUACAGUUUAUACAUGUAGAUGUAUAGUAAUUGGAUGAUUAACUGUGAAAUUAUCUAUAUAUACAGAUUUUAUGCAUAUAUUGGAAUGUUAGAGCAAAAUAGCUCUUUAAUGGAAGGUGUAUAUAUAUAUAGUGUAGAUAUGUAAAAAGGAGGGAUAUUUAUUGGUAUGCAGAAAACUUCAGACAUCUGAACCCACCUCCGCUUGAAGGAACUGCUUUGGAAAUCGAAUCCUUAGGUACAUAUGUCAGGUAAGUUGUUAAUUUAGGAAAUGAAA